AAGUGGUGAAAGAAAUGCGCAAUACAUUCAUAUAAUAAUCGUAUUAUUUUAAACAACUUAAUAUUGAACCCUUUGAGUGAGUUUCCUUUAUUUGUGCGAAUAUUACACUUUGGAACAAACAGAUAAAUUUUGUUUAAGGUGCGUCGUGCACUAAUGUGCUAUUACUCCAUCGCGUGAACGAUUUCUAAGAGCCUCUAGUUUAUAAUUCACGUGCUUGCUUUGAUUGUGUUGGACGUCGUGAGCUAAAGAGCAACUGUCAAAUACAACCAUACGGCUCAUCGCUGAGUAUCGUCAUUGUGAGCUCUUUCAAAGUUUCGCGAAUCUCAUACCGCCGAACGGAGAUCGACCGUAGGUAUAUCUCUCAGACAAUUUCAGUGCUGUGAAAGUGUCGAUUCCAAUCAUUGAACUGCAUAGUUAUAAUUCAACAAUUUGUCAUUUGAUUAAUGUGCGCACAUCACGAAAGAGUCUCAACCUGCUUGCACAUGGUAAUUGAAAUUUAUUAGUGAUAAGAAAGAUAAGAAAUCGCUGCUAUCGUCUAACUUCCGUCUACUAUUUCGGAAUCAUAAUAGAACAAAAUGACGAAAGUUUCAUCUCUCCUGCCCAAUGUUGCCGUUUUCGGUCGAAUGCUCAGAGCCCAUCGAGGAUCAGCUGGAAUAAUCAUUAGUCAGCGAUUUUUGCAUGAUAACAAAAUCAAUGAAGAAUCACGUUACAUAGUGAAACGAGAGGUCGAGGAAGUUCGUGUUCCGGUACCAUAUGGGGAAAUUGCGGGCAAAUGGUGGGGUCCAAAAGACGUUCGUCCUAUUGUUUCGUUGCAUGGCUGGCAAGACAAUGCCGGAACCUUCGACAGACUGAUACCGCUCCUGCCUCAUCAUAUGAGCUUCCUUGCCUUGGAUUUCCCCGGUCAUGGGUUGUCAUCUCGAAUUCCCGAUGGAAUGACUUACCACACGCUGGAUAGCGUUUACAUGCUAAAAAUGGUUAUGCAACAUUAUCAAUGGAAGAAGAUUUCGUUUAUGGCGCACUCGAUGGGAUCACUCGUUAGCUUCAUAUUCUCGUCAGUUUUUCCGGAUAUGGUAGAUUUCAACAUUGGUCUGGAUGCCCUAAAGCCACACAUUAGCGAUCCUGACAAGCUUGGACCACGUUUGCAGAAACGGAUACCACAGAUGUUGACUGCAGAUAUUCGGAAUCGUCAAAAAACGGAACCUCCUAGCUAUCCGUACGAAGAACUAGUCAAUCGUCUUCAUCUGGGAUCACACAAGUCUGUCUCUAAGCAAGCAGCCCCUUACCUGCUAAACCGAAACAUACAGAAAUCCGCCACGCAUCCAGACAAAUUCUACUUUACCCGCGACAGCAGACUAAAAUACAGCGUGGGAGUUGGAUGGGGUCAGGAUGUGAAUUUGGAGCUCGCCAAAAGGAUGAUGAUGCCGUAUCUGUUUCUCAAAGCGAAGCAUUCGUCCUACUACGAGGAUAGGAAAUAUUUCGACGAGUUUGUCGAGCUUGUAAAGCAAAAUAAUCCGCUCUUUGAGUUGCACUUUGUGGACAGCACGCAUCACAUGCACCUAACAGAGCCGGAAAAGGUUGUUCCGAUAAUUUCGAAAUUUUUGUGCAAGCAUUGGAAACGCGAUCCGUUGGGUUCGGAGUAGGCUUUCUCAAUAAAAAUCUCUUUUAAUAAAACUUCAAA